GGCGGCCGGGCCACGCCGCGGGAGCCGCCGCCGCCGCCUUGCACCACUGCGCCAUGUCCGGGCAGCUGGAGCGCUGCGAGCGCGAUUGGCACGAGCUGGAGGGAGAAUUUCAGGAACUGCAGGAAACACACAAGAUCUACAAGCAGAAGCUGGAGGAGCUGACGGCCCUGCAGAGCCUGUGUAGCAGCUCCAUCCACAAGCAGAAGAAGCGGCUGAAGGACUUGAAGCACACACUCCAGAGGUACAAGCGCCAUGCCAGCCAAGAGGAGGCAGAGCUUAUCCAGCAGAUGGGCGCCAACAUUAAGGAGCGGCAAGACAUCUUCUUCGACAUGGAGGCCUACCUGCCCAAGAAGAAUGGGCUCUACUUAAACCUGGUCCUGGGCAACGUGAAUGUGACCCUUCUCAGCAACCAGGCCAAGUUCGCCUAUAAGGACGAGUACGAGAAGUUCAAACUGUACCUGACCAUCAUCCUGCUGCUUGGUGCUGUGGCGUGUCGGUUUGUCCUUCACUACAGGGUGACAGACGAAGUCUUCAACUUCCUGCUGGUGUGGUAUUACUGCACCCUGACGAUCCGGGAGAGCAUUCUCAUCAGCAAUGGCUCGAGGAUCAAAGGCUGGUGGGUGUCUCACCACUACGUGUCCACAUUCCUGUCAGGCGUGAUGUUGACUUGGCCCAACGGACUCAUUUACCAGAAGUUCCGCAAUCAGUUCCUCGCGUUUUCCAUUUUCCAGAGCUGCGUCCAGUUCCUACAAUAUUAUUACCAGCGGGGCUGCCUGUACCGCCUGCGGGCCCUUGGGGAGCGGAACCACCUGGACCUCACGGUGGAAGGCUUCCAGUCCUGGAUGUGGCGGGGUCUCACCUUCCUCCUGCCUUUCCUCUUCUGCGGUCACUUCUGGCAACUUUACAAUGCCUUCACGUUGUUUGAGCUCUCCAGCCACGAGGAAUGCCAAGAAUGGCAGGUGUUUGUCUUGGCGCUCACAUUCCUCGUCCUGUUCCUGGGCAACUUCCUGACCACACUCAAAGUUGUGCACACCAAACUCCAGAAGAACAGAAACAAGACCAAGAAGCCAUGAGCCAUGGGCCUCAGGCGCCCCCGGGGCCCCUGGACUUUGUGGGACUGCAGGAGACUCUGGUCAGCACCCCGCUGCCGAGAGGACCUCAGCUGAGACUACUGGCUGCAGUGGCCUCAGGCCGAGUCACGGGAGCAGGAGCAGAAGUGGGAGCUCAGCCUGUCCGUGCAGUAUUCGCCCACCCAGCCCCCAUAUUUAUAAGCAUAUUUAAUCCCGGGUCCCCCAGCUCCCCAGAACACGAGGCCUUCCCCUCGGCCUGAGCCAGUCUUCCUGGGGAGGGACCUAACGCCUCAGGGAGCCCCCUCUGCCCACCCUCCUGAGCCCCUCAGGUGAGGGCUGGACUUACGCCGAUCUGCCACUUACGGGGUCCCGGGCACAGGGGUGAAUGGUGCCCCCCAUUCGUCCUGGGAGCACCCUGCCCUGGGCCAUGCUGCUUCUGCUGUCAGCGCCUGCCAUGUUGGGGUUAUUUAAGUUCUCAGAAAACCACCA